ACAGGGAAGGGGAGCACGAAGUGUCUGGCAACCCUUCCCUUACUCCCAGGCAUUCUCCGGCCUCGUUUUUCCUCGUACGGACGUUUGCUCGCUGCACUGGACGUCCGAAGGUUCUUCACGUGAGCGACUGAUCAAGCACGGAAGUUGGCCAACAAAGAAGAAGAUCAAGAUGACCACCGACGUGUACCGAGACGUGGAUGGUCUCCACGUCAGCCGAAUAUUCCAUGAGUCCUGCGUUCGAUCCGCCAUGGCCUACAAGCCCCGGCCAGGAGACGUGUUCAUCGUGAGCUACCCGAAAUGCGGAACCACCUGGAUGCAGCACAUCGUGUACAGCAUCUACACGGGAGGCGUUCCCCCUAAAGACAUGACCGAGUUCAUGACGAGGACACCUUUCCUCGAACUGUUGGGAGCCGAGGGCGCCGUCAAGAUGCCGAGACCGGGGGCCAUCAAGACUCACCUUCCGUACCAUCUUCAGCCAUAUUCGCCCGACGCCAAGUAUAUUUACGUUACGCGGAACCCUUACGACUGUUGCGUGUCCUUCUACCACCACACCAAGAGCUUCCCGGCUUACCAGUUCGAGACCAAGUCUUUCGACGAGUUCUUCGAGAUGUUCAUAACGGGAACGGCUGACUACGGGGACUACUUCGAUCACCAGUUGUCCUGGUACGAUCACCAGGACGACGCCAACGUCCUUCUGGUGACCUACGAGGACCUGAAGAAGGACGCUCGGUCCUGGAUUUUGAAGGUUGCCGAGUUUUUGGGCGAGGAGUACGCCAUCAGGCUGCGGGAAGACGAAGAAGUCUUGAAUAGGGUGUUGAAGGUCACGGGCAUCGAGUUCAUGAAGGGAUUCAACGAGGAGUACAAGAGGUGGACUGAGCAAGCGCAGGAACUGACGAACGAGAUCUCCGGUCUCAAUGUGGCACGAGAGUCGUCCCUGACUGAUGAUCUCAAGAAACCCAUGACAGGGGAUUUUGUUCGCAAGGGUAUAGUGGGCGACUGGAGAAACCACUUUAGCGAGGAACAGAUUAAGAGGAUGAAGGAAAGAAUCGCACUGAAGACUCGCGGCAGCACGCUCAUGGACCUCUGGAAGGAUGUCGAGCUGCCGUGAAAGACACCUCUAGAAACUAGAUGAUAACGCGAACAGUGUUUAAAACUGAAUACGAUUCCCAUGUAGAGAAAACUAUACGCAUAUUCGAAAUGGCGUUUCACCAAUUUGAGUUGGUAUUUUUUUAAACUCCUAUCUCAAUAUGACGAAGACCAAUGACGAGGUGAUUUUUGCUUUUUCUUAUAAAUGUGUGUUGGACUUGUUCGUCUUUGCACAACGCUUUACAAUAAACGAACAUUACAAUAAACAUA